UGAUAUGCCCUCCUCGACGUUUGUUCGACAAUUCACGCUGUCAACCUGUCUUCCGGUCUUGCGCAGGCCUGGGCUAUAGUUUCAAAUUCACUCUCCUGUCAGACCGGCCAGUUGUUCUGCCCAGCACUGGUGUUGUGAGUAGACGCUAUGAACGACAUCUACGUCGAAUUUUACAACCUUACCAGCCGUUUGUCUUCACUCCUUUAGAAAUGAGGAUUACAGGAGAGAGAUUCUCCAUCCCUUCAAAAAGUGUUAGGAUUCAAGCCAUACAUGUAACAUUCAAGUUUGUAUCUUCGGCAAGGAGGUCAGUCAGUGACCUUGAAACUGAUUUAAACGAAGUUGUUGAGAAACCGUGGACAUUGGUCAAGGACGGUUUAUCUGUUACAUUUCGGCGGUUAACCAGCAAUGGCACUAGAAUCGGUCGGAAAAAUAAUCUGAAUACCAGUACAAUCCAAGAUCUUAGUUUUGUUUCCCAAAAUGACUCCAGGGGCGUGUUUGGAAAAACCUGUCUACGGAGAAAUUGUCUUAGCUCUGUGGAGUUUAUUGACAUGUCUGAUUACCUGAGCUGUCCGUUUGUGGAGAUACCUUCGAAUCAUUUUGGCGGUCGCUUGUUCCUUGAGAAUCAGACCCUCACGUUUGGUAAUCAGACAGUGGUUCUAAGGGCUGGGACUUACCAGGAGUCAGGGGUUGGCGUACAGCUGUGUGUAUCAGAGAUGACACGCAUCACGCCCUCUGUUUCUGUAUUCCCGAACACAUCGGCAUCCUGGAGGGCCACGUUCUCUACCGUCUGUCUCACUGUCUCUGACAUCUGUCUUUUCCUUACUUUCCUUGUCUAUUGUUAUCUCCCCUCUUUACAAACCUUGCCUGGUAAGAACACCAUGAGUUUGGUUUUUCACCUAUUUGUGGCACAGUUUCUGUAUCUGUGCGGCGUGAACGCGGUCAGUAAUGCGGUUCUUUGUCAAACCAUCGGCGUUGUCAUUCAUUACAUGUGGCUGUCGUCGUUUUUCUGGAUGUUUGUCUGUGCCUAUCACAUGUACACCGUCUUCUCAAAUCUAUAUGGUAACUCCCAGAGUGUGUCUAGGGAACGAAGUGACAAACGUACAUUCAUUCACUAUUGUCUGUUCGCAGAUUUAUCUCCCCUUAUUCUUGUUGCGGCGUGUAUCAGUUACGUUCUUGGCCGUAGUGGCGGCCAUCAGAUCGGUUACGGCGGUGAUAUUUGUUUCAUUAACUCUAUGGAGGCUAUUGGGAUAUUUUUUGCCUCCCCUCUAUUGCUCAUCUUGAUAUUUAACCUAUUCUUCUUCAUUCGAACGGUACUGUCUCUGCAGAGAAGACCUGAUCUGAUAGCCCAUAGUAACGUCUGCAAUCGAAACUAUGUAGGCAUAUACUUCCGGUUGUCCUUGCUCUUAGGUUUUGGCUGGAUUUUUGGCUUUUUUCCGUCGAACACGGUCAUCUUUUGUUUGUUUUCAGUUUUCACGGGAGGUCAGGGUAUAUUCAUAUUUGUUUCAUUUUGCAUCAAUAGGAGAGUUUUAUUGCUCUUGUCACAGAAAUUAAACUGUUCAGAUUUGUUCUUUCAGUCAAACUCAAGCACGAAGUCUACAGAUACUCAAUGAACUAUUUGACACUGGGUUGUAAACGAAUUCUCAUAAAGAUGUGAAAUUACUGGAAAAGCAUUGUACCUCACAAAACGUUUGUAUCAUGUGGACUGACUGAAAACCUGGAAAUAAGAAAUUGGAAUCUUGGAGACAGUACCGACUAAUACCUAUACAACCAAAACUACUGAGAACAGUUUGUUGGACAUUACAAUCGUGUUCUUUCCAUACAAUAGGUAGAGGAAAUUAGGAGUAUAAUGGCGUUGGUAUGUAAUAUGAUAUGUAAUACAAUAAACAAGGUUUUAGGCUUG